AUGACUCCAAGGCCACCCCGGCUAACUGUUUUCAUGCUGCUGCCUGUGUUGGUUCGGACUUUUUGGAGGCUUAACUCGACAGCCAGAUUUGACUCAGCUGAUUCCAUGAUAAUUAAAUGGCAUCCUCCUCCCACCGGCUGGAUUAAGGUCAAUUUUGAGGGGUCUCUUAUGAAUUCUCAUGCUUCCACAGGAUUUGUCAUUCGAGAUAGCGAGGGGCAUGUCCUCAUUGCGGCCUCCAACAAUAUUGGCGAAAAUUCCAUUAAUGUUGCUGAAUGUGUUGCUCUGCGUGAUGGUCUUACCGCUGCUCUUGAUAGAGGAUGGGAUCAAAUUAUGAUUGAAGGGGAUUCUAAGCUCGUCAUUGAUAGUAUCCUGGGUAAAGCUAACCCCCCUUGA